UCCCCUUCCGCUUCCUCCUGCUUGGUCCCGCGGCUGCUGCUCCUCUGUGGGGCGCCUCGCCAACCUCGCCAACCUCCAACCUCUGCUCCAGGGUGCUCUGAGACUCCAGCUGAGCUGCCACCACUGCCCUCUGGGCCCCGGACACAAUGCAGGCCAUCAAGUGUGUGGUGGUGGGAGAUGGAGCCGUGGGCAAGACCUGCCUCCUCAUCAGCUACACCACCAACGCCUUCCCCGGAGAGUACAUCCCCACCGUGUUCGACAACUAUUCAGCCAACGUGAUGGUGGACAGCAAGCCGGUGAACCUGGGGCUGUGGGACACGGCCGGGCAGGAGGACUAUGACCGUCUGCGGCCACUCUCCUACCCCCAGACGGAUGUCUUCCUCAUCUGCUUCUCCCUCGUCAGCCCAGCGUCCUAUGAGAAUGUCCGUGCCAAGUGGUUCCCUGAGGUGCGUCACCACUGCCCCAGUACGCCCAUCAUCCUGGUGGGCACCAAGCUGGACCUGCGGGAUGACAAGGACACCAUCGAGAAGCUGAAGGAGAAGAAGCUGGCGCCCAUCACCUACCCUCAGGGGCUGGCACUGGCUAAGGAGAUUGAUUCUGUGAAAUACCUGGAGUGCUCGGCCCUCACCCAGAGAGGCCUGAAAACCGUCUUUGAUGAGGCGAUCCGAGCGGUCCUGUGCCCGCAGCCCACGCGGCCGCAGAAGCGCCCCUGCAGCCUCCUCUAGGGGGUGUACCCAGGCGUCCCGACCCUCCAGGGCCGUACCCAAAGCUGCUGGUGCCCCUGUGGGCCAUGCUGUCCCCUCCUGGUGGUGUUUCUUAGCAGAUGGCUGCAGAGCUUGGCCUGUGUCUUCUCCGCUGCACUGGCAGAGGAGAGCUGUGUCCCUGUCGCCUCUUGCCUCUGCCUUCCCAGGAGCCCCGAGACCCAGGAAGCCACCGUGUUACUGCAGCUGCAGCUGCUGCACUGACCUCCCCUGCCCAUCUCCUCCAGUCCCGCCUGGCGCCUGAGCCCUUCUGGAAGCUUCAGACCAGAGGGUUGCCACCGUCGCUCGGAUGCUCCAGGACAGGGCUCUCGCUACCUGCUGAGGCCGUCUGCUGCAACCCGGCGGUCUUUCUGUCUGGAAGCCCUGCUCCUGAGCACAGACGAGUGUCUCAGAGCUGGCUCCUCCGGUCCGAAUUCUUUUUUUAGGACAACAGAAGUCAAAUGAAUUCUCUCAGCCUCUGUGGGCAUCUGCCCAGCCAAGUAAGAGUCUGGGUUCAGCCGGGACUCUCUGUUCUACUCACAGGCUCCUGAGCGGCACUCACCGUGGGAGUCCUGGAACGUCUAUCCUCUCCAGUCUGGACUUCGCAAUGCAAAUACAAGCCCAAUCCAACCUGCUUGCACAGGAAAUAAAUGUAUUGAGUCAAGUUUGGAAA